AUGGCCGCCUCGAUGGCCUCGUUCGUCGGCAAGGCCGAUCGUGAUCAGAUCAUCUCCCCCGAGACGGUCGAUGCCAUGAUUGCCAACGGCGACGUCGUCGUCAUCUUCCAAGACUUUGUCCUGCGCCUCAACUCCUGGCUCCCCACGCACCCGGGAGGCAGCCUCGCCAUCCUGCACAUGGUCGGCAGAGAUGCCACCAACGAAAUCACCUCCUAUCAUUCGGCGGCAACCUUGAAGACCAUGAAAGCGUACCGGAUCGGUCGGAAGCCGAUGGGUCCGUGGACCAAUAGGACACCGCCCAUCCGGGGAGGCACCUAUCAAGUCCGAGACCAGCUCGACAAGCCGGCCGCUUCGGACACCGCGUCGGACCCUGCAUGGCACGCGGCCGAGAAGGAGGCCCUGCCCGACAGCCCCCUCGUCGACGUCGGCACCCCGACCGGCGGUCUGAGCCCGCGCUGCGACCAAGGCUUCGGCACCGCAUGCCAGCCGAAGCCCGCCUGCUCCCGCCGCGCCACGCCUCGCGGCAGCCCCUCGCGCAUCGGUCACAUAUCCGGCGAUCCUCUCAACGACGUCGAGAAGCAGCCGGCCCCCAGAGGCAGGGCCGGCCUCUCGCCGCAAGAGUACACCGAGUGGGCCGUGCAGCAGGGUAGGCACCUCGACCUGCACGAGUAUCCCUCCCUCGAUCCCGCCGUCCAGGAGGACAUCGCGGCCAAGUACAUGGCCCUCCACCAACGCAUCAGCGACGAAGGCCUCUACAGCUGCCCCUACCUGCAGUACGCCAAGGAGAUGACGCGCUACCUCACCCUCUUCGGCCUCUUCCUCGCCUUCCUCUGCCACCAGUGGUACCUGACUUCAGCCGUCUUCCUCGGCUUGUUCUGGCAUCAGAUCAUGUUCACGGCCCACGACGCCGGCCACCGCGCCAUCACGCAAAACUUCGUCGCCGACACGCUCAUCGGCAUGUUCAUCGCCGACUUCUGCUGCGGCCUCUCCAUCGGCUGGUGGAAGAGCAGCCACAACGUCCACCACCUCAUCACCAACCAACCCGAGCACGACCCCGACAUCCAGAACCUGCCCCUCUUCGCCACGUGCCCCUCCUUCUUCAAGUCGCUCCGCUCGUCGUACUACAACGGCUUCGUCUUCGUCUGGGACAAGGCCUCGGAGCUGCUGGUGCCCUACCAAAAGUACACGUACUACCCCGUCAUGGGCAUCGCCCGCUUCAACCUCUACCUCCUCUCCUGGCUGCACGUCCUGUCAUCGAGGUCCUCGGGCCUCGGCAGCAGCAAGGCCUGGUGGAUCCGCCCGACGGAGAUGGCCUUCAUGGCCUGCUACUGGUUCCUCUUCGGCUACCUGCUGCUCCUCCGCACCCUGCCCGACUGGCCGACGCGCGUCGCCUUCGUCCUCGUCUCGCACGUCAUCACCAUGCCGCUGCACGUCCAGAUCACCCUCUCCCACUGGGGCAUGUCCACGUCGGACCUCGGCGAGGUCGAGUCGUUCCCCCAGCGUCAGCUCCGCACCACCAUGGACGUCGACUGCCCCGCCUGGCUGGACUGGAUCCACGGCGGCCUGCAGUUCCAGGCCGUCCACCACCUGUUCCCUCGCCUGCCCCGCCACAACCUCCGCCGCGUCCAGGCCCUCGUCAAGGAGUUUUGCGCCGAGACGGGCAUCCCCUACUCGAUCCUCGGCUUCGUCGACGGGAACAAAAAGGUGCUCGGCCGCCUCAACGACGUCAGCGACCAGGUCAAGAUUCUCGUCAACUGCCAAAAGUACAUGGCCGCCACGGGCGAGAGCGGCUUGCACUAG